AUGGGGGUGGACAGCGCCGUGGGAGGAGCUUUCCUGUGGCUUAUGCUGGCGUGGGGACUCUUCCUGAGCCAGGCAGUUGGCCAGACACCUCCCCAGGGCUUCAGGCUCGUCUCCUAUGAAGUGUUCAUCCCCAAGAGGCUAGUGCUGCGGCGGGGGAGAGUACCCCAGGACCUGACCUACCUGCUGGAGAUUGAAGGGAAGAGCCUGGUGGUGCACCUCAGGCAGAAGAGGGGCUUGAUCCCUAAACACUUCCCGGUCUUCACCUACAGCGAGGAGGGAGAGCUCCAGGUGGAUUACCCGUUUGUCCGUGCUGACUGUUUCUACCAUGGCUUUGUAGAAGGCAGGCCUUCCUCACUGGUGGCCCUCAGUUCUUGCUCAGGAGGACUCCGGGGUCUCCUGCUGGUGGAAAGUAAGACCUAUGAAAUUGAGCCUGUCCCAGCAUCUGUUACCUUUCAGCACGUGGUGUAUCUCUGGGAUGAAAAGGAGCCUGCUGUUCACAUGAGGUGUGGGCUAACAGAGGAAGAGCAAAAUCGCCAAAUAUCUGUGAUGCAAAACACAGAGAAUAUAGUAGCUAAAAUUUCUCCGGGAAGAGUCUGGUGGUCAAACACCAGGUACGCAAAGGUGGCAGUUGUAGUGGAACAUGAACGAUAUGUCCAGUUUGGCAGAAAUGAAACUGUUGUUGUUAUGCAGGUGCUGGAAGCCAUUCAUAUAGCAGAUUCAUUAUAUAAGGCGCUUGGUGUGCAUGUAGCCAUGGUUGGACUGGAGAUUUGGUCUCAAAAGAAUCUCAUAGAAAUUAACGAAAGUUUAGAUGAAUUGCUUGACAUUUUCAAUGCUUGGAGAAAAAAGACACUAGUUCAGCAUCUAAGGCAUGACCUUGGCCACUUAUUUGUAUAUAAGCAUUUUGGAGUUAAACUUGGAUUAUCAUUUGUAGGAACAGUGUGUGAUCCCAUUUGGGCAUCUGCUGUUGAAAUAUUUAUUACUUCUAGCUUGUUUUCAUUCUCUAUAACAUUUGCUCAUCAGUUGGGCCAUAACCUUGGCAUGCAACAUGAUGAGAAAUACUGUACUUGUAAUCAGCGUUCUUGCAUUAUGACUACAUCACAGAGUAUCACAAGCAAGUUUAGCAAUUGCAGUUAUAACGGUUAUUCUAAUCUGAUAAAUAGUGGAAGGAAACAAUGUCUACUGAUUCCACUGGAACAUGAGAAACUGUAUGAACUCAAAAAUUGUGGCAAUAAGGUGGUAGAGAGUGGAGAACAAUGUGACUGUGGGUCACCACUUCAUUGUAAAUCAGAUGUGUGUUGCCAGCCUAAUUGCAUGUUCCAUUCAGGAGCCAAUUGUGCAAUUGGAACAUGCUGUGCAAACUGUCAGUUUCUUCCAGCUGGAACAGAUUGUAGGAAAAGGACUAGCAUCUGUGAUCUUCCUGAAUACUGCACUGGAAUUUCUGAGUGGUGUCCUGAAGAUGUUUAUGUACAGGAUGGUACUCCAUGCCAUGACAAUGCCUUCUGCUAUCAUGGAAAAUGCUCUACUCACAACCACCUGUGCAAAAUGAUGUUUGGCAAGCAAGCAACAGUUGCCCCAUUAGGCUGUUUCAGAGAAGUAAAUACUCGAGGUGACCGCUUUGGCAAUUGUGGAAUUAUUCGGGCUAAUGUUUAUAAGAAAUGUGAAAACAGCAAUAUCUUGUGUGGCAAAAUUCAGUGUAUUAACAUUAAUGAAGUUCCUAAUUUGAAUGAGAAUAGCAGUGUAAUUCAGACUCCUCUGAAUUCAAACUUCUGCUGGGGUACAGCUUACCACAGUGGUACAGAUGAUAUUGGAGUAGUGAGAGAUGGCACACAAUGCGGCAAUGACAUGAUAUGUAUUAAUAGGGAAUGCAUCAAGGUGUCCCUUCUGAACUAUGAUUGUAAUCAAACAAAAUGUCACAACAGAGGAGUAUGUAACUCUCAUAAAAAUUGUCAUUGUAACUAUGGCUGGGCCCCUCCAUAUUGUCUAACUGAAGGUUAUGGUGGUAGCAUUGAUAGUGGACCCCCUCCACCCAAGAGUGGCAAUGUAGGAAUGACAAGUGCUGUAACAAUCCUUUCUGUUUCUGCUGCUGGUGUUCUUGGUACUGGGAUUAGUAUUUUAUAAGGGAUUUCACUGGUGAAAUUGUUUAAAUUACUACUGUAUUUUGCCUGCCAAAAUGUCAGAUGACAAAUUCUUGGUAAG